UGGAAGAGAUGUUGGUUAAAAUUUCCGCAUCGGACGGUGUACCAAAACUCUUCUGUCCGAUAUGCAAUAAAGCCCUGGUCUCAUUGCAAGGCUAUGUAAAACAUGUUAAAAAACAUGAACCACCCGGUGGUUUUAUGUGUCGUUUUUGUGAUGCUCGCUUUUGUUCCGAAGAUGAAUUGAAAAAACAUCGUGAGACGGAACAUACCACUAUAGCCUGCCGGCUCUGUAAGGAUACAACAUUUACAAAUGAAACAAAUUAUCGGGCACACAUACGCGAUGUUCACCAGGGUGUCGAUCGUGAAUUGUAUAAAUGUGAAAAAUGUGGAGCCGCCUAUAAAACCUUGGAACCAUAUCGUCGACACAUUGAAACCGAUUGUGGUGCCAUUAAACCAUUUAAAUGUGAUAAAUGCCCGAUGGCAUUUAUGACCAAAUACAAUCUGAAAGCCCAUUUGGAUAAUCAUUCGGGGGAGCUGAAAUUCUGCUGCAGCUAUUGUGGUAGAAAUUUUAAACAAAAAGCCAGAUUGGUGGAACACGAAAGGACACAUACGGGAGAGAAGCCUUACAAGUGUGAUGUUUGCGGCAAGAGCUUUUCCCAUCGUGAAAGUAUAGUUACACAUUCGUCACUGCAUACGGGUAUACGUCUGGUUGAAUGUAAAUGCUGUAGCUCACGUUUUUCCUGUUAUUCAAAUCUAAUAAAACAUCGUCGUAAUAGGCCAGAUACAUGUGGUCGUCCUGAAUAUGAUCCGCCAAAGAAUCGUAUACGAAAACACACCUCAAGAAUUCCAGCCGUUUUAAAUCCAAAUUCUGAAAUAAAAGUGGUUAAUGUCAAUAAAAUCAUUAAACCUGAAGAUUUGGAAAAGGUCCAAGCUAUGAAAAAGGAAUCCCCAGAUAAAGCAAAAGAAAAGGAUACAGCACGUAAACGUACCGGCGGAGCGGUGACAAAGAGAGCAGAGAAAAGAGGACCUAAAAAGAAAAUGCCACCUAAAAAAGCAAUUAUCGAAUUUGAAGAAAGUGAUAAUGAGGAUCUUUUGUGGGCGGGGGCAAAGGACGAAGAAGACGACGGCGAUGAUGACGAUGAAAAGCCACUUAAAGAACUAAUAAAAACGGAAAGAACAAAAAGAAAAUGCAAUAUGAAACCUUUAAAUCAAACUUCAAAAGAUAAUGAUGCGGCAGAUACGGCUCUCCAAGAGCCGCUGCUCAACCCGUUAAUGUCUACAGAAACUAGCAUCAAUAAAACCACAACUACAUGGUCAGAUGAUAGUGAAGAUGAUUAUGUACCCGAUUUUGAACCCGAAGAAGAAGACUCUGAUGAUUAUGAUAUAUCCGAAAAUAGAAGUAUCCAACUGCCAGUUCAAAUUAAACAAGAAAAUAAAGAUGAUACCACCCACAUACAAAUUGAAGCGGUAAAUGAUUUGGAAUUCACAUCGUUGCCAAUUGACACAAAUAUGGUUAAGUCUGAAAAUGAAGAUUCGAAUAUUUUCAAUGAAAAGGAUAAAAUAUUGGCAUGUUUACUCAACGAAAGUGACUACAGUCGUUUGGAUAAAGAAGGUGAAUCCACAUUGAAAAACGAUAGGUUGUAUUCUGCUACGACAACUAAACCCUUGGAAAAUGAAGACGAUGAAGAAGAAGAAUUUAUUCUGGAGGAAACUGAAGUUGUAUUGGUGAAAAAUGAAGAUAACAAUGAAGAUGAAUAUCCUUUGGAAGAUAUUUUAGAUGUUAAAUCAGAGUUCACCGAAAAUUUAAAUAACACUGUAGAUGAUAAAUGUUAUGUACUGCUGGAAGAUAUUACCAAUCGUUAUCCAGAACUUAAGACUCAAUCCACCAUUAAGGUGGCGCGCAACUGUCAGCCGUUCUUUUCGAAAAGCAUUGAUGUCAAAAAACGUUUACGAAAAUCCAAAGCUCAAACAGAUAAAGAUGACUCAUCCUGCACCCAAAAAUCGAAACGAAAAUCUCGAGUAACAGCCGAACAAUUAAAAGAACGCAUGCGUCUACUAAAGAAACGUGAUAAGACUUAUCAAUGUCCGGAUUGUAUUAAACUAUACUAUAUGCGUAAACCGUUUGAAAAACAUUUACGCGAUGAUCACCAUAAAAACGAUGAAGAAAUCAAAGAAUUGCUCAAGGAUGAAAUAGAAGAAUUGCCCACAGAAGAUGUGUACAAAUGUCAUAUCUGUGAUAAGAUUUAUUUGAUGGAAAAACGUCUUAAAGAUCACAUACCCAAACAUGGACCAGAUGGUAAUCUAAUACACAAAUGCCCGUGCUAUUGUGUUCUGUAUUUUGCGACACGUGAAGAAGCCCAGGCACACGCGCAUGAAGUACACAAAGAUUUGUUGUGGUGUGAAAUAUGUGAGAAAUUUAUGACUGGUAGUGAUGCUUUGAAAUCGCAUAAGAUGCGUAUACACGGUACCAAGGAGGUACAAUUUAAACGUAAUUUGAUUUGUGACAAAUGUGGUAAAAAGUUCAUGGGUCGAACACAAUUAAUGGAUCAUGUACGUUCCGAUUGUGGUCGUGUACCGAUCUAUCAAUGUCAAGUGUGUGGAAAAUGUCUUACGACGGCGGGUAUCCUAAAGACACAUAUGCUAUUGCAUAAGGAUGAUCGUCCCUAUCAAUGUGAUCAGUGUGGUAAAAGUUUUAAGAUCAAAGCUCAAUAUAAAACACACAUUAAAUAUGGUCACUCGGAGGAGAAGCGUUUCAAAUGUCAUCUCUGUCCCAAAGCCUAUCCGUAUCGUGAAAGUUUGCUAACUCACAUGGCUGUGCACACGGGCAUUAAACGUUUUCUGUGCAAUGGUUGUGGUAAGCGUUUUACAUGUGUAUCCAAUUUGCAAGCCCAUCGUAAAGUGCAUGCCGAAACCUGUGGCCUAUUGCCAUUAAAUGCCAAGGCCACCCAGUAUAUGGGUGUACAAAAAGGCACGCUGUUAUUGGGUGCCAAACCGGAACCGGGUCUAGAUUAUGUUGAAUCACAGACACUGGUGGCCAAAGAAGUAUUUACACAAGAUGUCCAGGCGACCACGGAGGAUGUUGUACGCAGUAUGCAACCGAGUAAUUCACUAAGUGCUGGUCUACCACUUAAUUAUAGUGCCGAUAUUAUACUAAUGUAA